GCGUGUGCCAAGAAGAUGGAUGCGAAUCAGACACUCUUCUCUUCAGUGAUGUUAUUGCACGAAGUGCCAUCGUUGGGAUUUGAGGUCUACAAUGUGUGCGUGAAUCAUCCAAUGAAGAUAAUAUCCGAUGGCAUAUGGACACAACAUGGAAGUGCAUUUCCUACACAGUAUUCAUACACCAUGCUUGAGCUUCAAAUACUUAUCAUCUUCGUGGUCACGCAAGGCUUUCAUUUCAUUCUCAAUCGAUUAGGCGUCCCUUUUUUCGUUUCACAAGUCAUGACAGGGUUUCUGAUGGGGCCAUCAGUUCCGACAGGACCAUUGGAAAAGUACAAGAAGAUGCUGUUCCCGUUCGGGAGUCCAGACAUCCUAAGCACACUAUCAUCGUUAGGGUACUCCUUCUACCUGUUCCUGAACUCAGUGCAGAUGGACCUAAGCUUGAUCACGAAAACAGGGAGAAAGGCUUGGGUGAUAGGGCUUUGCUGCUAUGGCAUUCCCAUAGUGGUGGGGUGUGGGAGCAUGGGGUUGUCGAAUUCCACGUGGAAGAGGAUCCUGGGAGAGGACAUUUCUGCUUUGCCUGUGGUUUUCAUAUCUCACAGUAGUUGCUCCUUCGCUGUCAUUUCAUGGUUGCUCAAUGACCUCGGAAUCCUCAACUCCGAACUCGGACGCCUCGCACUCUCCGCAGCUUUUGUUAACGAUGUUGCAGGUGGACUCUGGGCAGGGAUUGGUGCUGCAUAUUUCGGGAGACAGAACAUGAGCAUGUCUAUCCGUAUUAGAAACGUUACGGCAUUUCUUGCUUACGCAAUCUUCAUUCUUCUUAUUGGUCGUCCUGCGAUGAGGUGGAUCGUGAAGAGGACCCCAGAAGGUAGAUCGGUUAACAAGGGAUACAUCUACGCCAUCAUAGUAGUGUUCUUGGGAUUGGGCUACUUUGCCAAGUUUUUCGGUGAACCCUUCUUAGUAGGAGCUGUUAUUUUUGGACUUGCAGUCCCUGAGGGUCCUCCUCUGGGUUCUGCACUCGUUACCCAACUUGAGCUGUUCUCCAAGUGGUUCCUCUGCUCCAUUUUUGUCACAUGUGUCACCAUGAAGGUGGAUCUCACCAAAUGUAACUCUCUCUCCUUCGUAAUUGUCAUUUCUGGUGUCAUCAUUAUGGUGCACCUGGUUAGGUGGCUUUUGUGCAUGGGAAUUUGCCGAUACUGCAAGAUUCCCUUCAAGGAUGGCUUUUGUCUUGCUCUCAUUUUGAGCUGCAAAGGGGUUGUUGAUAUCUGCUCCUAUCUCCUAGUCUACGAUGCCAUGGUACAAAAGAGAACAGUAGUAGAUGUUAUGAUCGUCUCAGUGUUGGUCCUAGGUACGGCUUCGAGGUUUGGUGUGAAGGCAUUGUAUGACCCUUCAAGGAAAUACGCAGGGUACCAGCAUAGGAACAUCAUGAGCUUGAAACACAGUGAACUUCGGAUAGUUGCAUGCAUCCACAAGCCAUGGCACUCGGUUCACAUCAAGAACGUGCUCGAAUUUUGCUCCCCGGCACCAGAUAACACACUGGUAGCAGAAAUUUUGCACCUCAUGGAGCUAGUUGGAAGGUCCAAUCCCAUUUUCAUUGCACACAAACUUCAGCAAAGUGCAGGAUCAUCAUCCUACAACUACUCUGGGGAACUCAUUGUAGCCUUUGACCUUUUCGAACGUGACUAUCUUGGUGCUGUCACUGCCAAUACCUACACUGCCAUAUCCCCAGUGAUGUUCAUGAAUGAAGAUGUGUGCAACCUUGCUUUGGACAAAAAUGCAGCCCUUAUAGUCCUUCCAUUCCAUGUGAAAUGGGGAGGGGAUGGUUCAGUUGAGUCAGAGGAUAGCAACAUAAGGGCGCUUAAUGCCAGGAUUUUAGAAAGGGCACCUUGCUCUGUUGGGAUUCUUGUGAACCGUGGCCCUAGCUUCAACUCAAGAAGAAUCAGAGCGGCCAUGGUUUUCUUGGGAGGACCUGAUGAUAGAGAGGCCUUGUGCUUGGCUAAGAGGUUUGUCAAAGAUGUUGAUAAUAGUUUGGUUGUGUUCAGGUUGUUGGCACACGACAAAGAUACCUCCAAUUGGGAUCACAUGAUUGAUGAUGAAGCGAUGAGGGAAAUAAGUGGAGUUCAUGUUAAUCUAGAAAAUGUUAGAUAUGAAGAGAUUACUAUAGGAGAUGCAUCCCAGACAACGUUUCUCAUCAAAGAUAUAGCCAACAAAUUUGAUUUUAUUGUAGUUGGUAGACGCUAUGGGGUCAGAUCUUCUCAGACCUAUGGCUUGGAGCAUUGGACUGAAUAUUCAGAGUUAGGGGUAAUUGGUGAUUUGCUUGCUUCACAUGAUACAGAUACUACGGCUUCAGUUUUGGUUGUGCAACAACAACCAUCUCAUGAAGACCACAGAUAA